AGCAGCUGCUAAGGAGAUCUGCUAAGAGCAAACCCGAUACCGACUGCUGAGCAGGUCUCCUGCCAUUCACUCUGACAUUCUGAAAUACCAUCUGCAAUUUAAAACGGCACAGGCAGAUUUGUAUCCAGCAAGUUAGCAUGAAGCUCCGUCACGUGGUCCUAGGCUCCCUGCCUGUCCUGAUUCUGGCCGGCUGUGUCAGCGCACUCAAAGCCUCCAACGCCAACCUGCGCACGUUCAUUGGCUGCGCGGUGCGUGAGUUCACCUUCCUGGCUAAGAAACCCGGCUGUAAGGGGAUGCGCAUCACCACGGAUGCCUGCUGGGGGCGCUGUGAGACGUGGGAGAAACCAGUGCUGGAUCCCCCGUACAUCGACGCGCACCAUCGAGUCUGCACCUACAAUGAGACUAAGCUGAUUACGGUGAAGCUGCCGAGUUGUGCUGCCGCUGUGGAUCCUUCCUACACGUACCCUGUGGCCAUACGGUGUGACUGUGGGGUUUGUUCCACUGCCACUACUGAAUGUGAGACGGUCUAAGUCCCCUGUCACCUGCUGGACAGCUGCUCUAGGCAUCAUGGGCCAAACUCUGUCCUGCUGUACACACAGUGUAACUGCAGGGUUGUGGGUGGUGUAAAUCAGAAUGGAAUUUAACCCUAUGGCCAGAAUGCUUCUAAUCAAUGACCCUUCUGUACAGUAGAGGCAUAAAGUUCUCCUGUCUGCCAGUUGUUUAAAGAUCUGUUAGAUGUAGUAAUGUAAUAAGGAGCCUCACAGCAACAUAUCAGAUGGGAAGUACCAAUACCAUUUGUCUUAGCCACAGGUAUUUCACAGUAUGAGAACUUGCCUUAUGCUUAAAAGGCACAUUUAAUAAGAAGUCAUAGAUGUGUUGAAAUUGACAAAAAGAGCAUUAAGGGCUUAAGAACAAUGAAUUUGUACAUUUCAGGUUUUAUGUCUCCCAGCCUUGAGCCCUGAAAACAAACAUACUCAAUAGAAUCCCCUCAACUCUCAUUAGGCAGUUUCUCUUCCCAUUUACAUGGGUGUAAACCAAGAAUAACGACAGCAAGGAACAUGGAAUUAUAAGGCUUUAAGACCAUUCUGAAUGAGACCAGAACUGGGUUCCAAAACAUCUGUAAUAUAAAUGCAGUAAUGCUAAGAAAAUGGCAUCAUAUUGAUCCUCUUGCAGCAAAGCCCAAAAGCACUUGCUUAAUCACUUUAUGUAAUAAGGGUGGAGUUUCAAACAUGCUUCAAGUUAGCAUGUUUUACUGUACAUGAAAUCUUAUGCAAAAGCCAACCCAGAAGAAAAAUCCUGAAAAAAAGAAAAAGCACUUCAAAUCUGCAAGACGAAAUGAAUCAUUUUGACCCAUGCUGGUUCUGCUUGGGAAGAGGACCCAAACUGAUUUAAUGUAAAUCAAACAGGCUCUCCACGGCCUGUGAGUCUCUCUUGAUGAUCCCUCCCAGUUUGUCAAGAUGGUUCCAACCACAGGCCCAAAGGGGACUUUUGUGCCACAUUGUUUCUAAGGACACCUGUUCUGUGGGAGGAUGCACAUACUAUGAGCUGGAGUAAUACAAGUAGGGUGCUCAUCAUUAGUGCUUUAGAAUUGUGCCUCUGAUGCCUAGCUAACAUUGCCACAAUAAAUGUGAUAUGCCUUAGUGCAGGAGUUUCAAUCAGCUACAAAGUCCAUUGCAAAAAUGUUUCUAAGCACACUCCAAAAGUGCUUAGGGAUCCCACUGAUCAAAACGUGAGGAGGAGGCAUGUCCUAGUGGCUAGUAUACCCCAACAGUGCCCCGACUUGCUUCAUAAGUGUCCCGUGGUUGGCAAAGAGGAUUUGGUGUCUUCUAUUCCUGAAUGGUUUCAUCCUACAAAAAAGGUUGGUUUGGAUUUUUGUGAGAAUGAGAACUUGGCCCAUUGUGGGCUGUUAGCAGGAACACACAAGAGAAAAACAACUUUCCAACAUAGUGGUGAUAGGCUUUUGGAACUGAUGACUGUCAAACUUGUAGUUUCCUCACCUGGACCCUGAAUAGUGAUUGAAAAUUAGGCAAAUCAAACAGCCUUGUUGCCUAGUUAGAUUUCCUUCUGGUCCUAAGAAUGCAUUGCUUAAAACCACCAAGGAGGCUUGCUUGAAGUUUCAUCUGCCCUUUGAAACAUAUCUUUUCAUUUAAGCUGUAAUUUAUUAAACGCUGUAAUUUUGUGUCUGUUGAACUGUAAAAGUUGCUUGCCACUUGUGUAGGAAUCAUGAUUGAUGUGCAUAGCUGUGCCCUGCAGAUCCCUUGAAUACACCGAUUGCUGCCCUGAGUGAUAGCGUAGGAGCAGUUUUCUGCUGUCCAGGAUCUUAACUGCCUUUAAACAAUUCUGCAAUUUGUCUCAAUGUGCAGGUCACAUUUCUCCAGUCAUGUAAAUGCCAUUGCUCAUAUCAUGAGCAACUUGCCCAUUUCCCUGAGUCCUUAAUAAAGCUGAAUUCCUACUAUGAAAGCCAUUUGAGACGUGUUUCCAUUUCAUGGUUAACUAAGCUGCAGCAAACUGUUCUGGACACCUGUUAAAAUUAAACUCUGUGAAGCUCAAAUUUGCAUCAUUUGCCUGGCAUUCUACCAUGAGCCUGAUUGU